AUGGCCCCACAACAGGUCAUGCCGUUAGGUCGAGGAGGUUUAGACUAUAGCUACGUCUCCGAUCGUCAGAUGCCUCCGCCGGUAUCAUCAUCGGCAGCGGCCCCGGAGUCGCCCCCUCGUGGGGUCGGCGCGAUGGGAGGGCCGCCUCCACCACCACAGAUACCACAUGCGGAUGACAUGCCAGCCCACGGUGACUAUAUGAGAGCGCCCGUCCCUCCUCCUCAACGGCAGCCCUAUCCAGCACAGGGCAUGCGCGUGCAGUACAGCCAGCAGGCUCCCGACAGAGACCUGGCCGCAUCGAGGGACUACCGACCGAGACAACAAGAG